AUGAUGCGUGCUUUGGCUGGCAGCGGGGAUACUUGGUACGUGUAUGACCACGAGUUUGCCUUCGUCGAGGUAUGUGUGCUGUUGGCAAUGAUCCCGAUCGUAAACGUGUUCGACAUGGUGUGGCACACCAUCUCCCACCGGGUCGAGAGGACAUCAUUUGUGUACGGCGCGAAGAAGCGUGUAGAAGACGACGAGGACAGCCACGGACACGAUCCCCAUGAGGAGCAUAAGCAGUUGGGCGUGAUAUUAUUGAGUCGAAUGGGCACUGAAUUCAUGACCCUGGGUUUUCUGGCCCUCCUCGUCUUCACGUCUGAGUACAACGGCCUCUUUGACGAGCUCGUGGACAUCUUGCCGACUGGCUGCUCAGACGGUGGGUCGUAUUACAGGCGCCUGGCCGAGGAGUCGGACUGCCUCCACCUACCGAAGAGCGGGCUCGACUGGUUCCACAUGUUCGAGAUCGUGCACUUCUCCUUGUUCGGAGGAGUGCCAUCGAAGAGGGCUCCAGCUCGGCCACGCGCAGGGGUGGUGACGAAGAGGGGGGAAAGCUUCUUAGAACCCCCCCUCGUUCAUAGAAGGCGCGGCCUUGUCUGCAGAUGUAAGGCUGCUGCCUUCUGA